AUGACCGUGACCUCCACCGUGGGCGGGACGCUGGGUGUGGACUUAGCGUCCCCGGCGCAGGCGACCGAGCAGUUCACGCUGGACUUGGGGGACGGCGCCCCCCCGGUGUACCUUAACGCCUCGGGGGGCACAGCGUCCUACCUGGGGACCAUGUACAUCCUGCCGGGGAACUACACCAUCUGGGUGUCAAGUGGUGGCCAACCCUGGCGUGUCCUCCGUGGACAAGGUCAUGUGUCCGCUGGUGAGUGUCAAGUGGUGGCCAACCCUGGCGUGUCCACCGUGGACAAGGUCAUGUGUCCUCUGGUGUGGGAGCCCGAUGAGUCUUACUCAUGUAACGUGUCCGUGACGCUGGGGGAGCCCCAGCACGUAUUCACCUACUCAUUCACCUCAACCGACCAGACCGUCCCGGGCACCUUCGCCUCGCUGGCGGACUCCCCCACUUGGGGGACGGUCACGUCGGGGACGGACUCCCCCACGGCGGCGGGGGGGCGGCGGGUGGUGCUGGCCCCCCCGGUCCCCCUCUCCCCCGGCGACACCCUCAGGAUCACCGGCAACAUCGCCGUCAGCGGGGAGACGUACGCCCCCGGGGAUGAGGUGGACGGGGUGGCGGGGGACACCCACCACGUGGCCGCCAUGGUGGUGGCGGAGGAAGCCCCAGUGGCGGUGGCCCACACAUGUCGGGUGGUGAACAAUGACGUCACACUCGACGUCACCGAUCCCGCUGGGUCAGCGACGUUGUCCAACACGACUGCCUGCCAACGCAACAUCACUGACGUCAUCGUCGACGUUCUUGACGUCAACGUCAACGCCUGGAACUUCAGCCUCAACUUGCAGGAGCCGUACUACGUCUGGGCCGGGGCCAGCUACUCCCCCAGCUUCCGGGUGAACAUUUCAGUGGGGGGACCAACCACCAUCACCAUCGUCUUCACGCCCCCCAUCACCCCCAACAUCACCACCACCGACCCCACGGACUACCCCUUCACUGGUGCCCUUCACACCAUCCUGGUACCCUUCACCAUCACCAACCCCGGUACCUUCACCAUCACCACCACACCAUACAACCUGCACAACACCUACCACUCACCACCCAACCACACCAUCACCGUGGUGGCCCUCUACCCCGUCCUCCAGUUCACCAUGGCACCAACCGCUACCCAGUUCUGGGUCUACAACCAGGUUCCGACGUUCACCUUCACCGAUGUCCAGGGGAGGGACUUCCCCACCAACGCGAGCGUCCUCAUCGACUGGGGCGACGGCACUACCCCAGACCUCCUCCCCUUCACCCACACGGGCAAUUUCAUCCCUUCAUACACACACAACUACACAGCAGACGGCGUGUAUACUCCCGCUGCAUUCAUAUACAAUCUCGUGUCGGGAUUCAACACCUCCUGUGUGGUCACAAUCGUCGAGCAGAUCCUGCAGUUGAACAUCAUCAACGGGUACUACCAUCGUUAUGGGCACGGGGGUAUCACCUAUCAUUAA